CAGGCCUGAUGGACGCUGAAUAGUCCGAGCUGUUUGGCAAACUGCUGGUCUGGGCUGCCCGCUCACAUCCACGUCUGUAGUUUCAAGGCUCAGACAGGAUAAGUCGCCCCUCCUGAACUGCAGUUCUGGCAACGCGCCCGGCGCUUCGGCUCAUCUGCUGGUUUAUCUCAGUCCGGUUUAUAGAGAACCGGUCAGGCUGACAGAAAUGCCUCCAAAAGAGCCAGAGUUGACUGGACGCCCACAGCGGACUGCUACUCAAUGAGGAUGGACGUUUUUAUGAGAAGGACCCAAAGAAAAGGACUGGUCUUGUGUCUGCUGCUGCUGGCUUUCAUGCAUGAGGUUAAAGGCCAGAGGAGGAAGAAAACCGGCAGGAACCAAUACAGGCUGCAAAACGAGGAAGGACAAGCUCCUUCUUCCAAACUGACAUGUUCGUUGGAGGUGGCCUUCAUCUUGGACAGCUCUGAGAGCUCCAAAUGCUGCUUCGAGAAGCAGAAGGCCUUCGUGCUGAAGUUCAGCACCCGGCUGGCCAUGCUGCCGGUGGAUUUUGAGCUGCGUGUGCGGAUGGCUGUUGUUCAGUUCAGCAGCUCUGUGUACAUCGAGCACAGAUUCUCCGACUUCAAAGACCUGGACACCUUCCAAGGCAAGGUCAGCGCCAUGAACUACAUCGGGCACGGCACCUACACCACCUACGCCAUCACCAACACCACGCAGAUGCUGGUGAAGGAGACGCCAAAGAACAGCGUCAGGGUGGCGGUGCUGAUGACCGACGGGGUCGAUCAUCCCCGCAACCCCGACGUGCUGACCGCUGCUGCAGAGGCCAAAGGCUACGGCAUCAAGAUCUUUGCCAUCGGGUUGUCCAGCAUCGCCCAGCAGAGGCAGAAUAACGCCAAACUCCGGGCAAUCGCCAGUGCGCCCGCUCAGCAGUUUGUGCAGAGCCUCAUGGACCCCCAGCUGGAGGAGAAGCUGCUCAGGGAGAUGGGUACAGUUGCCAUAAAAGAGUGUCCCAAAUGCUUGUGUGAAAAAGGAGAAAGAGGUUCACCUGGAGACCCUGGUCCGAAGGGAGACAUUGGGGACAGAGGGCCUUCGGGUCAAAAGGGAAUAAUGGGGGAGCCCGGCUUCGAUGGUCUACCUGGAAGAGACGGCCCGCCGGGUCCUCCAGGUUAUAAAGGGAGCAAGGGAGAAAGAGGAGAAUGUGGCCCUCCUGGAGCUAAGGGUGACAUUGGACCUGAGGGAUCAUCCGGCCCACCGGGACCAAAAGGAGAACAGGGUGCAGCGGGACCACCUGGAGACAUUGGUCCUGAAGGGCCUGCGGGACCUAAAGGUAACAGAGGACCUGAUGGUUCACCCGGACCACCAGGAGAAGCCGGGAUUGGAUUCCCCGGAGACAAGGGGGAAAAGGGUCUUCAGGGGAGACCUGGUCCUCCAGGUCCCAUUGGAACAGGAGAACCAGGACUACAAGGACCACCGGGACCCCCUGGAACACAGGGCAGCCCUGGAUCUCCAGGAGAAGGCUAUCCAGGACCUAAAGGGGAUCGAGGAUUUGAAGGUCCACGAGGACUUCGUGGGAUUCCAGGUGUUGGGGUUAAGGGUGACAAGGGUAUCCGUGGGCCACCUGGGGUUCAGGGUCCAAUAGGGCUACCUGGGGUUGGACUUCAAGGAGAAAAGGGAAACCAGGGUCCACCUGGACCAGCGGGACCGAGAGGUUCUCCAGGUGUGGGAAUAACAGGACCCAAGGGGGAUCAGGGCCCUCCAGGUGAGCCUGGUCUGCCAGGUGAAAGAGGAAAGGGAGAAGCAGGACCUAAAGGGGAUCCUGGAGCUCCGGGUUUGGUGGGUCUGCCAGGUCAACCAGGAGAGGAUGGAAUCCCAGGACAAAAGGGGGACAUCGGGCUGCCGGGGCCCAGGGGACCUGACGGUGCUCCAGGGAAAGGGACCCCCGGGCAGAAGGGAGACAGAGGAGACAGGGGGAGCAGAGGAUUGCCAGGGGCAACAGGUCCACAGGGGCCAAUGGGGCAAAAGGGGGUGCCAGGAAAUAUCGGGCCCCCAGGAUUAACGGGACCCCCAGGGAGGGGCAUCCCUGGCGCCAAGGGUGAUGUGGGUCUGCCGGGUCCUGCUGGACCCAUGGGGGAGUCGGGGAUCGGUUUAAUGGGACCCAAGGGCGACAGAGGGCUGCCAGGCCCCGUCGGGCGUCCUGGACUGAAAGGUGAAGGCUUCUCCGGUCCUCCAGGACUUCCUGGGCCCCCAGGCCUGCCUGGAGAGACCGGACAAGAUGGUAUCGGAUUACCUGGACAGAAAGGAGACCGAGGAAAUCCAGGACCUCUUGGACCAGCCGGGCCGCCGGGGAUCGGCUUGAUUGGUCCGAAGGGUACAAUGGGUCAGAUGGGACCUGCAGGCCCUCCAGGUUUACCUGGAGAAGGCAUCCAGGGGCAAAAGGGGGAUCCUGGAUUUCAGGGGCUUCCAGGACCCAGAGGUUUUCCGGGUCAGGGUCUGCAGGGAGACAAGGGGGACCGAGGAUUAAGGGGUGACACAGGAAAGAAAGGGGACAGAGGGGAACCGGGACUGCUGGGACCCGUCGGACCUCCGGGCAGAACGGGACAGAAAGGAGAGCCUGGACUUACACGGGAGGAGAUCAUCGAAAUCGUCAGGAACGUUUGCCGCUGCGGGGAAUGCAUCUCCACACCGCUGGAGCUCAUCUUUGUGAUUGACAGCUCCGAGAGCGUCGGCCCUGAAAACUUUAACCUGAUCAAAGACUUUGUGAACGCCGUGGUGGACCGCACAUCUGUGGGGCGCAACAGCACGCGCAUCGGCGUGGUUCUGUACAGCCACAUCAACCUGGUGGUCCUCAGCCUCAUGCAGGAAGCCACGAAGGACCAGGUCAAGUCCGCCGUGCGCUCCAUGAGCUACCUGGGUGAGGGCACUUACACGGGCAGCGCCAUCCAGGAGGCCAACCAGAUGUUCAAGGCGGCGCGGGCGGGCGUGAGGAAGGUGGCCAUCGUCAUCACUGACGGACAGGCGGACACUAGAGACUCUGUGAGUCUGGAGAGCGCCGUGGCGGAGGCGCAAAGGGACAACAUCGAGAGGUUUGUGAUCGGGGUGGUGAACGAGAGCGACCCCCAGUCCGAGGAGUUCAAGAAGGAGCUCAACUUCAUCGCCUCGGAUCCGGAUAGCGAGCACGUGUUCCUGAUCAGUGACUUCAAGACACUGCAAGUCUUGGAGAAACAUCUGAUGCGCUGCAUUUUGGAACCAGGACAGAGCAACUUGUUCAGCCCAAUCCUGUUUCAAGAGUUCUCCGACGUUGUUCGAAAUCCUCCGUUCAGGAUAGAAACCCCGACCUUCAUGGAGGACUUCGGGACUAUCCGGAACUUGCCCGACAUUCCAGCGUCCCGAUCCGACAGGAAGUCUGUAAUUCUGCAGAGACCAAAGACGGAGAAUGGCAGGAGCUCCUCAAAGACCCAGAGGUUGCCCUCGUUCGACAGAGAGCCCUUCAGACCGGUCACGGAGUUCCUCCCCCAGUUUGAAAUAAACAAUCCAGCACCCCUCAUGAACGGACUGCUGGAGGCAGUCGGCCCCACGCUGAGGGCCCGACCCGAUGAGGGGAUCCCGGAGCCGUCUUCGUCCACCUCCGCUCUUCUGUCCUCAGACACCCACAUAUCAGACGGCUGCUACCAGACCCUGGACCCGGGGCCGUGUCGGGAGUACGUGGUGAAGUGGUACUACGACGCCAUAGCCAACUCCUGCGCUCAGUUCUGGUUCGGAGGUUGCCUUGGAAACGAGAACCGGUUUGACAGUGAGCGGAGCUGCAGAGAGACCUGCGUGAAGUUCUGACGCCCACAUCCUUUAGUCUCAAACACCAGUGCAAAGGAAGGAAAUGCUAAAAAACUAAAAAACAAAAGUGACUUUCAUCUUCUGUCUUAGUAGAAAAGCAUCUCACCAAAAUGCAGUUUUAGGUUUCAAACUGUUUUAAGUUAGUUCCUAUUAAAUGUGUUUUUUAUCUUUUUUGUAUUGUGGAUAAAGAUGGAUACAAACUUUUUUUAUGUUGUUAAACGCAGCUGUUGUAAUUGUAACUAAUCCAACAUUUCAGGGGCAUUUUGAAAUAAUGCUGUCAUUGUACUGAACAUUAGAGUUAAGUUUCUUCUAAAUAAAUGUAAAGCAAUGCAACUUUUUCUUCAUAACAACAAUCUGUGCUGCAUAUGAUAGUAUUUUUUUUUUUAAACUUGACCACGAAGAAGCAUCAAUGAUGACUGCAGAAGCAACAUUUCUUCUAAGCCCCUUGUUUCAGAGCAGGAUCAUUUCUAUGUUCCCACCUACCAAUAAAGGUAUUUGAUGCCUCCCUCA